UGUGAGUCUUAGAUUGAGUCAGUAGGUCUGUCAGUCAGGGGUUGACGUCUACGUGGUGAGGUUUGGAACCAGUUGUACACUUAUCACUAUGGUUGAGACCCGUAGUGGGAAGGAGACUAGCCCCUACACCACUGAGCAGCAAGAAAAGAUGGUCGCCUUAGUCACAGAGAAUAAGGAGAGGAAAGAGCGUGAAAAGCAAGCCAAGCUAAAGGCUAUCGCAGACGAGCAGGCGGCGAAGAUGAAGAGAUUGGAGGAGGAGAUGAAGAGGGUACAACAGGAGGAGGAAGAAAGAAGGAAGGCUGCUGAAGCAGAAGCGGCAGCAGAAGAAGAGAAAGAGAGGGAGACAGAUACUGAGCUGGAGAAGAAGAUCAGAGAGUGGGUCGCUAAUUUAUCGUUGGGGGAAGACGAGGAGGCGGAGUCCUAUGUGACCAAGGAUGAGAAGGCUACGCUGGCCGCUGAGCUAGCAGCCAUGACAGACCCAAUGGAACGAAGAGAGAGGGAAGACGAGCAAAAGUUAGCAUGGAAGUCGAGAAUGAAGAGGGAGAAGAAGAGGAGGAGAGAGGAAGUGAAUAAGAUGACCGCCGCAGUGACAAAGGUGCAGGAGUGUAGAGCGGAGGUGCUGGCCCAGCCAGAUGAUAAGGCCAAGGAUUUUGCGCGCGAAAUGGUCACCCAUAUUGGGGGUGAAGUCAAGCAAUUGAGAGACAACGUAGGGAAGUUUUGUGAGGGCGCCAUUCAGGGUGCCAAAGCUGCAGCUGCUGUAGAAGGAGAGGCCAGACCCCGUAAGGACCCAGUGAAACUUAAGUUCCCAGACGCGUACGGGGGGAAGAAGGAUGAGAACUUUGACAACUGGGAGGCCAAUGUCAAUAGUUACAUUUAUUUACAGCAUAUCCUAAUGGAGAAGCAAGUCCUCGUGGCCUUCCAGGCCCUGAAGGACGAAGCGGGUAGCUUCGCGAGGUCUCUCGCGCGUACAGCCGGUUGUGAAAACAACCUGGUUGCGUAUUCUAAAGUCACCCCUCUUUCCCAAUUCCUCAGGCUCCUCAAGGAGCGUUUCACUGACCCAACGAGAGGCAUAAGAGCCUCUGACAAGCUUCAAACGAUCCACUUGCGACAGUGGAGGAGUGUCAAGGCACUCAAAGGUACCAUGGACGACUUGGUAGCCGUCCCGGACCAUGGGGUCACUGAGCCCCGGCUGGUUCAGUUGUUUUAUCGUGCCAUUCCAGAGGCCCUACGUGGGCAUUUCUUUGACAAGUCUCAACAGGCCGGCAUCACAUACGAUCAAUUGAGUCGUGAAGUCGUCCUGUAUGAGUCAAAGUCUAUGCCAGUUACCACUUUCUGGCAUAAGGACUUAGAGAAGGGGAAGAAGUGGAAGAAUCGUACCAUCUCAGUCCAAGUAAAGGCCAAGGAUCACAUGAUCCUGACAUUAGAAGAAGGUGGUACCGAUGAGGUCCCAUAUGACCAGAUUGAGUGGGGCCUUGAAGAUGAUGGCAGUCGUGUGGGGCAGGGGAGGUCUAACGCUGCUGUCGCGGCUGGAGGGAGGCCGCAAGGAGGAGGAGGAGGCCAGGGCCAAAGGGGCCAAGCCAUGGGAGGCCGAGGACCGGGCGCACAGGGGUUGGCGGACAGGAAAACUGCCAAGCGGGAGGUAGGGGUCAAGGUCCCCCGUCAAAUCGCCAGGGUAAUCGGUCCGAACAACGAAGAAGUGGAAGGGCACCUCAAGGAGGUUGGCACCCAGGCUUGCCACAAGGCAGGCCCUGGGAAGACUCGGGCUUGGACCGGCAAUUAUGGCAGGAACGCGUGAACAUGGGUCAGUGCGUAUUUUGUGGUGACCCGGCGCACGUAAUUAAAUUUUGUCCUAAGUAUA